AUGGCCGCAGCAUUCCCUCCAGGCAUGAACCCAGCAGAGAUACCAGCAGCGUCACCUCCACCAGGCGUGACCAGCGAAUCUACACGACCCUCAAACGUUAGAGGGGUCACAGCGCGGCUCUACUCCACCCUACUCGUCACGCGCUCGACCGGCAUCGAAGACUAUUCCUGCCUCCUGGCCGUGGUGAUAUUAUCCGCCUACAUCAGCAUGGUCUUCUAUCUUAACAGAUACGCCAGACACACUUGGGAUGUGCCCGCCAUGUGGGUCGAUACACAAUACUUCAGGGGUCGCUUGGCUCGAGACGUGCUCUUCAGCCUCGCUACUUUCUUCGCCAAGUGUUCCAUCCUGCUCCUCUACCUCCGAGUCUUUGCGCCCUUGAAAUGGUUCCGCUACACCGUCUGGUCGACUAUUGUCUUCAUGUUUGGCGUGUACUGGUGCUAUGUCGGCGUUAACGUAGGUCUCUGCGCGCCACUGCCUGGCAAGUCUUGGGCAUCUCCAGCUUCCUUGACCGAGUGUGAGAAGCAGGAGACGUACGCAAUCAUCCAAGGCGCGUCCAACGUUGCUAUUGACAUACUGAUAUUGGUGUUACCGCUACCUAUCGUAUGGAAGCUGCAAAUGCGAAGGAGUAAAAGACUCGGAGUCUUGGCCGUUUUCGGAACAGGAGGAAUCGCUCUAGUUGCUAGCCUGGUUAGCUUGGUCUACCGCAUCAAGCUCAACGGCGCCACCGACACGUUCUGGAUGGGGGCCAUUAUAUUCAUAGCAAUGUCCGUCCCCAAUCCAUCCCCCACAGCAUCAUCUCGCUCCAUAACUUCUAACCCAACUUUUCUAACCCCUGCCAGUAUAAUCGAGGUCUCAGUGACCAUCAUCUGCUCCUGCGCUCCGGCAAUCUUUGCCCUAGGCCGACACCUCUUCGCCUCACAAACGCCGUCAAGGCCAACGCGCAUCACCAAAGACUCCGCCUCCUCAAACAAACACCGCGACAGAAGAAGCUACAGCUGCGGUCAGCCAGCUCUAGAAUCGCGCGCUGCGUUAAAGGAGAACGGCUGUCUGGAGCUUGGCGAGAUAGCGGACCUCCAGCGCAAGGUGCAGAGCGCGGCCGCAUUCGGGAUCGCCUCACCCUUGCCCAUCGUUCUGCAUGGGUAG